AUGCUGCCGUAUCAGAAUAUGAAUCAGAGACAGCGCAAGCUGUAUGAUCAAGUCAAGGAUGCGAGCGGAGAGCUCAAUCUGUACCAGAAUCAGAUUGGCGAUCCUGGAGCAUACACGAUUGCUGAGGCACUCAAAGUGAACAAGACGCUGACUGCGCUCUCCCUAAGUGGGAAUCAGAUUGGCGAUGCUGCCGCGCGCACGAUCGCUGAGGCACUCAAAGUGAACACGACGCUGAUCAAGCUCAAUCUGUACCAGAAUCAGAUUGGCAACGCUGGAGCGACGGCGAUUGCUGAAGCACUCAAAGUGAACAAGACGCUGACUACGCUCUCUCUGAGUGGGAAUCAGAUUGGCAAUGUGGGAGCGCAGGUUAUGGCUGAGGUACUCAAAGUGAACACGCUGACUGAGCUCAAUCUGCGCCAGAAUCAGAUUGGCAACGCUGGAGCGACGGCGAUUGCUGAAGCACUCAAAGUGAACACAAGACUGACUGGGCUCGAUCUGUGGGAGAAUCAGAUUGGCGAUGAUGGAGCGCUGGCGAUUGCUGAAGCAUUCAAAGUGAACACGACGCUGACUACGCUCAGUUUGCACCAGAAUCAGAUUGGCGAUGCUGGAGCGCAGGCGAUCGCUGAGGCACUCAAAGUGAACAAGACGCUGAAGGAGCUCUUCUUGUGGAGGAAUCAGAUUGGCGAUGCUGGAGCACAAGCGAUUGCUGAGGCACUCAAAGUGAACAAGACAUUGAAAACGCUUUUUUUGAACGAGAAUUUCCUGACCAACACCGGAAUCAAUGCACUCAGGCAAACCGGCAAUACCACUUGUAACUUUAAAGACCUUGACCAGCAGCGUGUUCCGUCGUCUGCCGAACUGGCGCAGAUUGCAGCUCGUGCCGCUGCGAACGUGGCAGAGAUUCAGCAACUGCGCGCCAAGUUGGCCACGGAAGAUCAGGAGCUCGCAACCAACAAGCAGGAGCUCGCAACUAAAGAUCAAGCACUCGCUGCCAGAGAUCAGGAGCUCGCUGCCAAAGACCAGCAGCUUGCUAUCAAAGACCAGGAGCUUGCUGCCAAAAAUCAGGAACUUGCAACCAAGGAUCGUGAACUGAAGUUAGCUCUUGAUCGUAUCGACGUACUGGAGCGCAACCAAGGCGCCGGUGGAUCCGCCUCAAACUUUGACGGUCCCAUCCCACAAGUGCCUCUCGCCACUCUCGCCUCCGCCACGAACAAUUUCGCUGCGGAUUCUCUGCUCGGCGAAGGAGCAUUUGGUCGUGUGUACAGUGCCAGUUUGCCUGCUCCUCCCGUUGCCGUCGCCAUCAAGAAGCUGUCCGCCGCAUCGAUCCAGCAGUAUGCAGCGUUUCAGGCAGAGUUGAAAUCUCUAUCUAAAUUCCGUCACCCCAACAUCAUUGUCAUGCUGUCCUAUGCCGAAGCUCAGGGUGAAUAUUGCUUGGUUUACGAGUUCAUGCCGAAUGGUUCUGUACGCGAUCGUCUCAGCUGCAAGAACGACACUCCUCCGCUGACUUGGUCCCAGCGCCAUCGCAUCGCGGCUGAUGUCGCCCGUGGCAUGCACUACGUCCAGACAGCCUUUCCUGACCAUGUUCUGUUCCACCUCGACCUCAAGACGGACAAUGUUCUGCUGGACGCACACUUCAAUGCAAAAGUGUCUGAUUUUGGUCUCGUCCGUGCUGCCGAGCAUCUUGAUGACAAGAGCUACCUUCGCACAAAGGUUCCUCAAGGCACCGUUCCUUACAUGUGUCCCGAGUUCUUAGAAGGCCGCAUGACCAUCAAGACGGACGUUUAUGCAUUUGGCAUGAUUUUGCUCGAGCUUGUGACCGCCGCCAAGCCUGGCAACCGCCUGAAACUCGAUGCACGAAAGGCUGUGAAAACCCAAAACGUCAUUGGCAUGCUGGACUCGGCGCUCAAACCAACCGACGCAGAGCGCCAAAGCGUCAGCAGCAUUGUCACUCUUGCACUCGAGUGUCUUGAUGAAGAUGCCGAUGAACGGCCAUCCUUUGGACGCCUCAUUGCUACAUUGGAUCUUUGAUGACAUGCUGUAUUGCCCGUUUCAAGAUCCAACCAAGGCGAGUCUGUUUGCCUUUCGUUCAGGUGAUGCAUUCAAAGUUUGAUGCGUCCUCCCAGUGUCUUGCUGUUGUUGUUGCUGUUGUUGUUGUUGAGUUGUUGUUGUUGUCGUACUAGUCGGUAGUCGCAGUUUUGUGCUUUGUGCGUUGCGCUCAUUUUCGCGAAUGCAAAUCGUCCUAACAACCCAAC